AUAUUAUAAAGACUUUAUGAGACUGUGCAAGCUAUAUGGGGUGACAGAUGUAGAUGUCUCGGACAAAGACAGAGAAGAAAACCAAGAAAAUACAAGGCCUCAACCUCCCCCAGGAGCUAGAGGUAUUCCACCAGACCUGAUUGGCAUGGCAAGGUCACGGCAGAGUAAAAUUGAAAGAUUUAAAAAACAAAAAGCAACAGAAAGUAAACUGAAAGAAUUAUACGAAAAAGUAAAGGAGCCUCACAUUGAUGAUGAAGUCAAGAGGGAGUAUUAUACAACACUAUUGAACAAAUGGGUCAACUCAAGCUUGGAUGAACUAGACAGUAUAGAAAUGGAACUAACCCUCUUAGCAGGAAGAUCUAAAAUGGGAGGAAGAGAUGAAUUGGGAGAAAUGUCGAAGGAAACCAAAAAAACACAGCAAAAACAGUCUUUUAGGCCUUUUAUCAUCACAAAGAAUGAUCUGCAGAAGCAGGUGUUUGGUAUGGGUUAUCCAGGGGUGCCCACAUACACUCUAGAUGAAUUUUAUGAGCAGACAUAUAAGAAUCUCCAGCCAGAGCAGCAAUCAGGUCCAAGCAUGCAGGACAUGGCUAAUGAUCCAGAGCUUGCUGCAACCGCUGACGAACAAGCAGCCAUUGAAAAAGAAAGGAAAGAAGAGAUGGAUGACCCUGAAGAAUUAGCUAAAGCAAGAAACUGGGAUGCUUGGAAAGAUGACCACAGAAGAGGAGAAGGGAACACCACAAAUAUGGGUUAAUGCUCAUCAGUUGAAGGUCUUCAGUAUACAGAGAAAGGCAAACAAUUCCAAAACCAUUCUGAGACUACAUUGAAUAUAUUCGCAGCAGCUGAUUUUUGCAUUGGCUUGCCUGGUGCUGAAAAAUGCAAACUUGUAUAUUUGCCUUCUAUGCCAUAAUUUUCGAAACAGAACUUUAUACAGGACAUAUUCAAAAUUGACAAUUUUAAGAAGUCAUGAUUCUCCAUUCAUGUUGAACUUUAUUUGCACCCGAGGCAAUUUCUCAGAGUACAAUCAUUUAGUUGCACAAAUUGAUCCGAUCUCUCUGAUAUUGCAUAUAGUAUCAUGCCAUCUAAAUGUACCAAGUGAGCUUAUCUGGAGUCAAUUCAGGAAUGAGACCAGUCCUCACUGAAAUAGGAAAAUUGGCUGGGGCCAGGGUACAUGAUUCAAAAGAAUUAUCCAAAUGACCCUGAAAAAGUCGAAAUUCCGACAAAAGUCCGAAAAAUGUCCCAUCAGUGUUGAUUGUGUGUAAAUGGCCUUUUCAGCACAAAAUGAUUGUAGACAAGUGAUUUUUCUUUUCCUGUCAUAUUUAGUCAGCUUUGUGAUGAAAAUCCAACUUGAACAAUGACAACUCUUCUUUAACAUUUCAAUAAAUUGAACAA